CUAACGGCGACGUAACGGUGACAACCCCGUUGCAAUUCACAGUGGGACUUCUCGGGGUGUCCCUUCCCCUUUCCCCGCAGGGCAUAGUAAUGAUGUUGUAACUUCAAGCUUCAAGCUUCAAGCUUCAACCCUCAGCCCUCCCAAGAACAACCCGCCAAUUCUCCACAACACUGAUGGAUUCUUAUCAUCAGACUCACCAUUUCCCCAGGGCUCCUCCACCUCCUCCGCCGCCACCCUCCUCCUCCUCUGCCCCCGCCGAUCCCUAUCACCACCAACCUUCCUUGAGGCCUCCCGUUCCCCCUCAGGGUCCAUGGUUCCCCAACCAAUUUCAAUACCAUCCUUCGCACUCCGCGUCCCCGACUCCUCCUCCGCCUCCGUCUCAGUGGGGUCCGCCGGCGCCUCACUCUGACCUUGCUCCGCCUCCUCCGCCUCCUCCUGGUGCUUAUCCCCCCCAUCCCUAUGCUUCGCAACCUAUGCAUCAUAACCCCUUCCCACCUCCUCGUCCUCUUAUGUUUCAGCACCCUCCUCUUCAUUCUCAGGUUCCACAGCCUUAUUCGCAGGAAUGGAACAAUCCGAAUUGGGCUCCGCACCAAGGCUGGGAAUAUCGAGCCCAAAGCAAUGAAGAAGAUUGGGCCGCCAGAGCUAGGGCAUGGGCAGAUGCGAAGACUGCAAUGGAGAGUCAGCAAUCUCAGUUUGCACCUACAGGAAGACCUGAAGAACAGAACUAUUAUCAUGAUCAGUAUUCACAGCCAAUGAAUUCAAAUCAUCCAGAUAUGUCUCAUCAACCUCUUCCCCCUUCAAUCUAUGACCAGUUUUCAGCUUCAGCCACAUCUGUUGGCCGGCCACCAGCGGCUCAUCACUUGGAGUCCACACCUGUUACUGUUAGCAGCGAACAUUCUUCUUAUCCUUCAGAUGGACGUCCAACUUACACUGUUGGUGAUGUUAGUUAUGGAGGCAACAUGAACUCUUCUUUACAUCAUCAAGGAAAGUUAUCUUCAAGUCCAUCAGUUCAUCAGCAGGAGGUACCUUCUAGUAAUUAUUCUGUUACAGGUAAAGAAGACACUGCAGAUCAAAUUGUACAGUCUUUCAAAUCUCUACCUUUACAAAAUUCUUCAAUACAUGAUGGGCUGCAGCAUUUCCAACCACCCAAUCCUCCACCCUAUGCAUAUGGCAAUGAUCCAGGGCCAGUUGGUCCUGUAACCAAUCUUGCAGAUCAGCCUUUAGAUUUUGCUCCCAGGUUCGGUCAUGACCAUGGUUUAAGAGUGCAUGCUGGCUUUGCUCGCAAUGAUUCAGGAGGAUCCACUAGAGGCGUUGAUUCUGGUGUCCCUAUGCCUUCCUGGUCUUCUAUUUCUCCUGGCUUGGUUUAUCCACCAAUUCCUCCUCCUUUGGCAUCAGGAACACAGCUUGAUCCUUCAGUAGCUGUUCCUUCUUCUGUUCCUGGACACACACCGCCCCCAUUUGGAAGAUUUGCUGGUUCUGGCAUCACCCCUGCAAUUCCUCCUGCCGCUACUCCAUUUCCUGGAGCUGCACUUCCUCCCACAGUCAUAUCUGGUGAUGUAUAUGGCAUGUCAAGUAUGUCUGAACGUCCAAAAAAGGCUUCUGUGCCAAAUUGGCUGAGGGAGGAAAUAAAAAAAGCAGUGAUCACAAGCUCUUCUUCUGACCAUCCUAAGGAGGAUGCUGAACUCAUGGAAGAUCGCGGAGUUGACAAGUCUUUUGCAAAGAAUGAUCAAACUGAUAGUAAAAGUAUUGAUUCAUCUAGGUCAACUGAAGAAGAAGAUGAUGAGGAUUUUGUGGAAGGAGCAAGAACUGCAGAAAUAAAUCAAGAAAUCAAGCGUGUGCUGACCGAAGUACUUUUGAAGGUUACUGAUGAACUUUUUGAUGAGAUUGCUACAAAAGUUCUGGAUGAAGAUGAUCUUGCUGUAGAAGCCAAGCCAAAUCAGAAUAUCUCUUCAUCUACCUUGCCAGUUUCAACACCCAAAGGUUCCGCCAAGAUUUUGAUUCCAGUUAAAGUUCAGGAAUCUGAUAACGAUGAUACUAGUGAGAAGUCAAAUUCCAGCUCACCUGGAGAUGUACUUGGCCUUGGAAAUUAUGCUUCCGAUGAUGAAAAAAAUUAUGAUAGAGAUGGUGAAAGUCAGAGUUCAAAUGUGCAAGGUUCCAAUAUAAAGGUGAGUAUGGAGCCAUCAAGUCCAAAAAGAAAUUUAAGAGAUACGCAGGAUGCAGUUAAGAAUCCAAGCAGUCAAGAAAAUGUUAUAGAACACAGUGGAAAUCAUUCAACAAAUGACAUAAAUUAUGGUUCAACCAGUUCAGCUAAUGAAAUGAGUAAAAACACAGGGUCAAAUAAGUUGAAUGGUAAUCGGGUAGAUGAAGAAAUGGGUCAAGAACAUUCAUUGAAGCCAAGCUCUAAAGGUAAAGGUAAAGAUAAUGAAAAACGACUUGGUGAUGGAACUGCCUCUGGGACAAAGGAUAAUCUAGGCAUGGUAUCUGAACAGCAUGGGAAGAAUUUCAAUGGUAAAAAGGGAUCGAAAGAUUCUCCAGAUCGGGAAACUAAAAUAAAAUCUCAUAAAAGUGGUAAGCAGGAGAGUGCGAGUGGUUCUUCAUUGAAAGACGGUGUUAAGGAAGAAGGGGAGGUAAAAACUAGGACAAGUGAAAAAGCUGAUGAGGUUCGUCGGAAGCAAGAUCACAGGCACCGGAGGAAGGAAGAAAGAGAUGAUCAGCAUCUCCAAAAGGAAAGUUUGAAGGACCAAGGAGUUAAGUCUGGCGAGAAAGGUAAGGUUGACUCUAGACACAGGUCUACGCAUCACAAUUCAAAGGAGGAAAAGAGAGAAGACAAGCUUCUCAGGGUUAGCACCAAAGAUGAUACUGACCGAAAAAGGGACUAUGCUAAGGAUGAGGAAGGUAGAACGAGACAGAAAAUUCCAAGUGACUCAAGUAGGCACAAGAGCAGUAGAGACAGAAAUAAAGCCAAGGUAGUUGAUCAUAAUUCAAGUGAUGACUCAGAUGUUUCUAAAAGGAAGGUGAAUUCAAGAAAACGUGACAAAUCCCCUUCUCCAAUCAGGUCUAAGAGAAGACAAGUAUCGCGGUCACCACAUAGCAAGCACUCUCAGCGCAGGCAUUCUCCCUUCUCUUCUCUUGAUAUCACCAGGGCGAGGCGGUCAAGAUCUAGGUCCCCUGCAAGACGGCGCAGAUGACUGUCGAUGGCUAAAGAGAAUCCUAACUAAUUGUAUUGGUUUGGAGACUCGGAAUCUUGAUUUCAAUACCUGAAUCCGAGCUGCGUUUGGAAAAGAUUCACAAGCUGCAGAUUCUAUCGGAAUUUAAAGAGGUCGCAAUCCAAAAAAAGUCUGUUCCAAUGGCUUAACUAGGUGGUUGUGAUACUCUAAGGGUGGCUGUGCACGUGAGGGAUUGAACUGGUGAUACUACAUACUGUUCUAGGUGGAGCUGCUGCUUUAAAUAUAAGAUGAUAUUGGUUACUUGUGUAGCGCUGUUUCCUUCAGUUUAUACAAUCGUGGAUUUGAAGGGAAAACCUCAGGUGUAAUAAUUUUUUGCUGGUUCGAUUUGAGUUAGGAAUGGGGUGUAAAAAAUGUAUGAUGGGAAAAGAAAUUUAACUCACCGUUGGAAUUUUUUGUGUAUGUAUUUGAGUUCUUAAAUCUUAGGAGCUUCCACCAUCUGUCUGUGCUUUUA